AUGAGGGCGCCAGCGCCUCCGAGGCCAGGCGCCGCAGCCUGCGGCUACCUGCCCGUGGCGAGCUGCGCUCCCGAGGACGGGCCAGGCGUGGUGCGGCCUUCGCCGGCGGCCUCUGGCGGCGACGACGCGUCGCACCCCUCAGCGGCGUGCUGCCGGCCCCGCGCCAGGGCGUUCGCUGCGGCCCUGCUGGCGACGUUGGCGGCCGCGGCGGCUCUGGUCGGGCGCAGCUGCGUCAGGCCAGCGGGCGUGCGGGCCGGCGCCGCUGGCGCCGGGCGCCUGGCAGCGGCGCCGCUGCUGCAGUGGAAGCAGCAGGUGGGCUGCGCCGCGCCAGAGGACAACGUGGAGUACCUCACUCCGCUGGGCGACGGGGAGCUCUACCACGUGGAGCACGUGAUGAGCCCCGAGGACUGCCGCGCCCGGUGCGAGGCGGAGCCCCGGUGCGCCAUGUGGACGUGGGGCAAGACCCGGGACGUGGCGGUGGCCGGGACGAGCGACGUGUGCUUCCUGAAGGAGCUGGCGGAGCUCGCGGCCCUCUGGAAGCAGACCAACGACCUCGCCGUGUCCGGCCUCGCCUGCCGGGCGCCUGCCGGGCACCACGAGGGCGGCGCGGGAGACGUCCUCGAGCCCGCGGCGCGGGGCGCGGGCACGGACCCGCCCGCCCCCGCCGACGCUGCGGGGGCGGCCUGCCAGGAGGUGUCGGACGGCGUCGAGCUCCGCACGUCCCGCAGCGUGGAUCAGGUCGGCCGGGUGGCCGACGCGGCCGCCUGCCGCCAGCUGUGCGAGGAGGACCGCGAGUGCAGCCUGUGGACCUGGGGCAAGGCUGGCAGCGUGGACGGGCUGAGCUCGGUCUGCUUCCUGUGGGCGCUGGAGGCGGGCGAGGAGCCCGAGCAGCACCUGAACCCCGACGCCGUGUCGGGGGCGAGGCCAAGUGCUAUCACCACGACCAAGCCCUGCGAUCCAAGUGAGGACAAUGUGUACUACCGGACCCGAGGAAACCUCAGCGUGGUAGGCUUCGUGCAGAGUGCGCACGCGUGCGGCGCCCUGUGCAGCGCUGCGCCGGCAUGCGGCGCGUGGACGUGGGGCAAGGCCCGCGCGCGCGGGGGGCUGAGCGACGUGUGCUUCCUGAAGAGGCUGGCCGCUGGCGAGUGGCCACAGAAGCUCGCGCAGGACGGCGUGGUCUCCGGCUACGCCUGCCGCCCGGACGGGGGCUCCGCCGCCCUCGGCGCUGCCGAUCUGGCGGCCCUCGGCGGCCCCGCCGAGGCGCCCCGCGCGGGGGCGCCCGCAGGCCAGGCGCCCGCGGCGCCCCCCGCCGCGGUCGCCGCCGAGGAGGCGCCCGGCAGGUCCGGCGCCGCCGCGGCCUCCAGCCCCGCGGCGUCGCGCGCGGCGGUGCCCAGCGGCGCGGCAGCGCCCAGCGGCGCGGCCUCCGCGGGGUCGCGCGCGGUGGCGCCCGGCGGCGUGGCAGCGGCGUCGGCGCACGGCGGCAGGGCGGCCGGGGCGGCCGUCGGGGAGGGCGCCUCGGGCAGCGGUGCCUCGGGGCCCGCGGCCGCGGUCUCUGCACAGGCCGGGGGCGUGCAGAGCCCGCUCUACUGCUUCCAGCUCAUGCGGCCCGCCGGCUACGAGCCGGGGCUGGUGGCCUACCAGUUCGAGAAGCACGCGAGCAUCUUCGCCUGCGACCUCUGGACGCUGUUCAGCAGCAGGGCCAUGGAGGUGUCGCCAGGCUUGCGCACCCUGCCGAUCAAGAGCGACCUCCGCUGCGAGACCGGGGGGGAGUCCGGGAAGUUCCUCAACACCGACAUAUUCAUGGCCGUGUGGGCCGAGGUCAUCAGCGCCGGCGAAUUCGAGCGCGCGAGCUGGACCGUCAAGGUUGAUACACGAGACUGCGUCUUCCUGCCGGCGCGGCUGCUGCCGAAGCUUCAUGGCCUCGAGGACGGGCCGCGCGGGGCCUACCUGAACAACGGCGCGCUCGGGAUGCACGGUCCCCUGGAGGUCUUCUCGCAGAACGCCGUGCUCACGUGGGCCGGCGGCGCGGAGCGGUGCACCCGGCGCUUCCAGCAGCUGUGCGGCGGGCCGUGCGCCUGGGGCGAGGAGACAGGUUCGUCGACCAGUGCCUGUGGAAGGUCCUCGGGGUGA